UGUAAUUUGUGGGGAUUUAGUUAUUAGUCGAGCUGCUUCUACAUCAUUUCUACAUCAUCCGUUAAACUUGAUAGAUACAAUAUUAACCUCAACCUCGACUCACUCACUCAUAACCAACCAAUCCUCGCGUAUAUACGCACUCUUAUACGACGUAAAUGCUUACCACCGCAUUUCCAUCGUUUCCGGGUCUGCUACGGAAUAAGUAUUCGCACCUAACUCGACUCGCUGCUUUAUCGCCCAUUCGUCCAACUACUUCGAGAGCAAGAGCUGGAUUAGGGUCUUGCUUAUCGACUAUGGAGUAUACGCACAUCGCAACACCGGAACGGUGCUAUUCUGAUUUCUGUUUGAUUCCUGUCGGCACAGGCAACGUCUCAGUCGCAGAGGAAGUAGCCGAGGUGCAGAAGCUGCUUAAGGCCAGUGGGCUCACUUACACGAUGCAUUCUGCGGGGACUACAGUUGAGGGAUCGUGGGACGAUGUCAUGAAAGUCAUUGGACAGGCGCAUAGCUUAGUCCAUUCUAAAGGCGUUGUUCGCGUGCAGUCGUCGAUGAGGGUUGGGACUAGAACGGACAGGAAACAGACGGCGGCGGACAAGGUCAAGCGUGUCGAGGACCUUUUGGGCAAGGAAACUACUAGCUCUUAAACACUAACUAGCAUGAUAUAGCAUCAUCUCAAUGCCUUUACCUUGAGAAUGGAUAUGAUUAGUAGUUGUCACAAAUAUAAAUUUCAUGACUUAUUUCUCAA